GGUCUCUCUCCACUUUACUCCCUCUCUGUCCACGUUCCUUGCUUGACCAGCUCCUGUUCCUAAACCACUAGCCCUCACCUUCUCCACUGCCACUUUCAGUUUCUCGUACCGUGAGCCCUACUCACCAACGCCAAGAUGGAGGCCGUCAAGAAGAAGAUGCUGAUGCUCAAGCUGGAUAAGGAGAACGCUCUGGAUCAGGCAGAACAAGCGGAGACCGACAGGAAAGCAGCAGAAGACAGAAGCAAACAGCAUGAGGAUGAGCUGAUUCAGAUGCAGAAGAAACUGAAGGGAACUGAUGAUGAGUUGGAUAAAUACUCAGAGGCCCUGAAGGACGCCCAGGAGAAACUGGAGAUAGCUGAGAAGAAAGCUGCAGAUGCUGAGGCAGAGGUGGCCUCUCUGAACAGGCGUAUCCAGCUCGUUGAGGAAGAGUUGGAUCGUGCUCAGGAGAGACUGGCCACAGCCCUGCAGAAGCUGGAGGAAGCUGAGAAGGCCGCAGAUGAGAGCGAGAGAGGGAUGAAGGUGAUUGAGAACAGGGCUCUGAAGGAUGAGGAGAAGAUGGAGCUCCAGGAGAUCCAACUCAAGGAGGCCAAGCACAUUGCUGAGGAGGCCGACCGCAAAUAUGAGGAGGCCUCUCUUCUACUGUUCAUGUGUUUAACAUCAUCUCUGUUACUCUGCCACUGCUGCUGGCUUGUCUUCAUGUCUUUCCUUUGCCCUGUGCCCCUUUCUUUUCUGCUUCCUCCAAAAUCAAAACGGCUGCUCUGUGUAUAUAGCAAAUGUGCUGAGCUGGAGGAGGAGCUGAAAAAUGUCACCAACAAUCUUAAGAGUUUGGAGGCCCAGGCUGAGAAGUAUUCCCAGAAGGAAGACAAGUAUGAGGAAGAAAUCAAGAUCCUCACUGAUAAGCUGAAGGAGGCUGAGACCCGUGCUGAAUUUGCUGAGAGGUCUGUGGCCAAACUGGAGAAAACCAUUGAUGAUUUGGAAGAUGAGCUUUACGCUCAGAAACUCAAGUAUAAGGCCAUUAGUGAGGAGCUGGAUCAUGCCCUCAACGACAUGACCUCUAUGUAAAUUCUGGACUGUUCUGCGGCUGACUGUGACUUCAAGAAAUUCUUCUUCGUCUCCUCUGACUGUCCUUAUUUUUUUUGCUUGCUUCUUCUCUGAUCUUCUGUGUACACUUCUCUUUUCACGUAUUUUUCCAUGUGCUUGUGUCUGUAGUUUCAGUUUCUCCAUUUAAGCCUUGUUCUGUUUCUGCUUUCUUUGAAUUUCUGUUCUUUAGAUGUUCGUUAUCUGCCCCAACAUCUUCUCUUAUCUGGAUCAGACUGUAUUCAGAGACUUGUGUUCUUUGUUUGUCGCUGGUUUUGCUCUCUCUUGUGACCUUUGCUGUAUUUUUCAUGCCUUGUGUCCAUGUUUAUUGAAGGGAGGAAAAAAAGCUCUACUCUUUU